AUGGCGACACGACACAUGAGUGGUGGUGCCACGUCAUUGUGGUGGUGGGUGCUCAUGGAUGGUGGUGGUGCCAUGUUGCUGGCGGUGGUCAUUACCAUUUGUUGCUGGCGAGUUGUGGCCAUUGUUGGGUCAUGUGGUGUCGUCAUGGUUGUCACUGUUGUCAACAUGGUUGGUGGGAGGGAAUGGAGGUGGGGAAGAGGAUGGUUGUUAGUCCUAGAUAGGUUGAGUGUGCACGACAGCGCGCACUGCAUUGGCGUGUCGGAGUUGCCGACAACUGCCCAGACAACGGGCGACGAACGANACCCACCGCCCACAAACAAACAACCAGUGCCCACGGACAAGCACCCAGCACCCACAAAUGACAAACGGCGACCAGUGCCCACCACUUUUCAUGAGCACCCACCGUCGACAAAUGGCGGUUGCCCCCCAGACGACUUUGCGCCACCCACAGACAACAGCCAGCCCCCAUGA